AUGACAAAAGCUGCCGACACUGCGUGGAGUGGGACUUGAGAUCUGUGGUUUUUAAAUGUGUAUGGUUAUAUUUGCUCCGAUUUUUGCCAUCUGUGCUUUUGCAACAUGUGGAGGAUACUAUGGUCAUCUCCAGGUUAAAGUGGACUGUGCCGACAGGAGGCAGAGUAACCUCAGCAUCAACAUUGAUUUUGGCUAUCCUUUCAGAUUACAGGAGGUGCAUUUCAAAGCUCCUGUGUGUGAGUCAAAGAGGGAGGAGAUUCUUUUCCUGGAUGGUGACUUUUCCUCAGCUGCUCAGUUUUUCCUGACUGUGGGUGUUUUUGCUUUCCUGUACUCGCUGCUGGCCACCAUCGUCUAUGUCUUCUACCAGAACAAGUACCUGAAGAACAACAGAGGCCCGCUUGUGGAUUUUGUUGUCACAGUCAUCUUCUCCUUCAUGUGGCUGGUCAGCAGUUGCUGUUGGGCCAAAGCGCUCUCUGAUAUCAAGGCGGCCACAAACCCGACACAUGUGCUUCUGCUCAUCUCAGCCUGCAGAGCUCAGGAGAACAAAUGUGCAGCCACCCAGGAGCCUCUGUGGUCACGACUUAAUACAUCUGCAGUCUUUGGUUUUGUAAAUGUCAUCCUCUGGGUCGGGAAUAUUUGGUUUGUCUUUAAAGAGACAGGCUGGUAUAAGACAGGUCAGAGAUAUCCAACCAGGAGUGCUUCUGGGAAACGUGCCAGUGGAAUGCGGCAGCGGCUCUACAGCGAGAGCAGCUUCGAGCAGCCGGAGGAGAGUUUUGGUCCACAGCCCUCCAGACAAAACAGUUUCAAUCAGCAGGUCAGCAGACAGAGCAGCAUCAACCAGUCACAAGUAAGCUUGAGCUUACCGCACGCGUAUCUCGGUAAGCCGGUGAUUUAUGAGAAUAAAGUUGUUUCUCAAGGGCCGAUGAUAUUUGUCAAUGAGAUGUGAAGCUGCUGUUGGUGUAAUGCUGUACAUCGUGAAGGAGAUGUGAUCAUUAUUACCUUAAAGGAGCUGUAAGCAAUACUCAGAGCAUUUAUACAGCAAACCACUGUUUACUGAUAUAGUGGAGCAAUGACAUGCUAAAAGUCACAUUCGCUCUGUGUGUGUUGUAAUCUGAGCUUCUCAGUUCUUUGUUGUGGUAGCUGGACCAGCUUUGCGUGCAGUUAGUGCAUGUGAGUCCUGUGUGUGCACCCCGCUGCCUAGCUAAGUGCCACCGCUCUGCUUUGCCCAUAUAUGGCGGCUAGUGCUGAUUUUGGGAUGGUGCUAUCACAGAAGCACAGCUCCAACCCUGAGGCUCCUUUAAGAUAAAAUGAAAACACUGAUGAUAUCUUUUUGUCAAGUAUGGUGUUCAUAAUGUGAUAUGAUUUUUUUAUUAUAAUUUUUUAAUGAUGUACUUGGAGUUGAGCAUUUCCCCAGUGACACACGUUGUGGAAAAUGAUGAUGAUGAAAUGAUGAAAUGUGAAGUCAUUAGACAUUUGUUUAUUUGUUUGUUUGUUUGUUUGUUUGUUUUUUUACCAUAAAACUUCAUUUAAUAGCCCGGGCUAUUAUUUCCUUAAAUCACUGAACUCAACAGGCCUAUAUUUGGGACAGGCCUUUAAUUCCUUUCACACAAAACUGUUGCUCAGCAAAGACAUUUCAUUCAAACCAGUAUGAAUAUUACUUGUGUAAAAAUUAGGCUCCAGAUAAUAUAUCAAUUACAAAUCAUUCAUUUGAUCUAGCUCCAACAGACAGCUCAUCAGAGAGUUACGACACUCAAGGAAUAUGAAUAACUUGCAGGGUAAUCGAGGAAUGGACACAUAAUUUGAGGUAGCCAAUAACGUGGUUUUAUAUGUCUGAAGAACUUCUAUAAAAAAAAAAAAAUGAAGUGCUAGGCAACCAGACCAGGCCUCUAAUUGAGACAGGCCUUUAUUUGUCAAAAUGUGUAGCCACACCGGACUAGUGAAAGGUACUGGGCAUUUAAUUUAAUACUACUACUAAUAAUAAUGAUAAUUAUAAUAAUAAUAUUAAUAAAUAAUAAGAAGAAGACGAAGAAGAAGAUGUAAUAUAUAUGGUCAUCUAGAGCCUAUAACAUAACUGCCAACUUUAGUCUUAGAAAGCUUAUAACAUAGGGGAGCACGGGGCACAACAUAACGCAGGCUAAAUUGUAACAUGGACAUUUUAUGUAGUAACACAGGGUCGAUCCUUUCGUGCUUCUGGCCAGUUGACCACAAACCACCAAACGGUGACCCAGAGACUGGACGUGUUUCAGCUGAGUUCAGUGACAAAGAGUGUUUUCAGCCACUCUCCAACCACUGAAUUGGUGAAUAAUAGAGAUUAUAUUUACUGUAAGUGUGGUGUAAUACAAAGCAUUCAUAAUUAUCUUAUGUUCCUAUGUUAAGUAAAGGAUUUACAGUACUCAGAGGCUUGUGGUAGCACCUGUUCUGCAGGUAUAGGCAGGUAAAUUGACCCGUGGUGAUGUGCCUUAGUUCUUUUAGGUACAUGGAAGAUAGUGAUGAUUUUAGAUUUUGUGCUCAUAAAUAUUUCCCUGUUUGAAUGUCUUAUUUAUCGUGACCACUACUGGAUUGCUCUCAGUGUUUUUGACAAUAUAUUUUUUCUUUUUAACUCUUCAUCCCCACAAACCCAUAAAAUAAAAUGUUUCUCUUGACUUAUCAGUCAUAUGUUAUAUUUUCACCUUUUUUGCUGUUUUUGUCAAAAGGGUUUUUUUUGUUACACAUUGUACUCCACAUUUUGCCCUAUACUAUGAUUGAUGAAAAACAUGCAGUACUAGUGUCAGCUCAGAAAUGUAUCUAACCAGUGUGAGUUCUCUCUAUAAAUAUUUAAUGUUUGAUUGUAUCAUUUAUUCCCUUUGUCAUUACUGGUGGAUUUCAAUGUGACACUCCAAUGUUUUUUUUCCUGUCUUUUUAAAAUGAA